UUUGAAUUUAGUUAACUUUUGGCAUUCAGCAAGAUCGGUUGAGUAAAAUAAUCAUAGCUACGAUGGAGCCUUGGUCAGUCACAUUUUAUAUUAUAAUAAUGCUGGCCUCCGUUCUGAUGUAUUUUCUAAGGCAAUACACGAACUACUGGACACGUCGAGGAAUCCCAUGCGACACACCUCAUUUUCCAUACGGAAAUCUAGACGGCUUCAAGAAGACGCACCAUAUUCGAGACAUAGUACGAGCAAAUUACGAGAAAUACAAACACACCGGUCCAUUUGGUGGUUUCUUUUUCUUACUUCGGCGUUCCGUCAUAAUCUAUGACCUGGAUUUAGCCAAAAAUAUUUUAAUAAAAGACUUCAACAAUUUCUCUGACCGAGCUUUUUUCCAUAACGAACGCGACGAUCCUCUGACAGGGCAUUUGUUUGCUUUGGAAAGCCAGGAAUGGAGACAAUUGAGAAAUAAAUUAUCGCCAUCAUUUAGCUCUGGCAAGAUGAAGAGUAUGUUUCCGACUGUUCUAUCGGUCAGUGAAAAACUCAAGAACACAUUCGACAGACAUCUCGGCAAAGAUUCCAUAAUCGAAGUUAAGGAUCUUCUGGCGCGGUACACUAUCGAUGUCAUAGGAAGGUGUGCCUUUGGCCUCGAAUGUAAUAGCCUUAGGGAUCCAAAUUCCGAGUUUCGUGCUAUGGGAGUCAAAUCCUGCACAAAGAGUCGACAUGGUAACAUAAUUGACAGUUUCUUGCACAGUUUUCCCAAGUUGUCCAAGUUGCUUCGACUUCGACAAAUUGACGAAGAAGUUCAUCAGUUUUAUAUGAGAAUUGUUCGGGAGACUGUCCAAUAUCGCGAAAAGAAUUCAAUCAAACAAAAUGAUCUUAUGAAUUUGCUGAUUGAGUUGAAGAAUUCCAAACAGGGAUUGUCGAUUGAAGAAGUUGCUGCACAAGCAUUUGUGUUUCUUAUAGCCGGUUUCGAGUCAUCUGCCUCUAGCAUGGCUUACGCUCUGUUUGAAUUAGCUUUGAAUCAAAGUGUCCAAGAUAAGCUGAGGGCUGAAAUAAAUGCUCAUUUUGAUAAAAACGGGGGAGUAUUUACGUACGAGGAUAUGACAGAAAUGCAUUAUAUGGAGAUGGUGAUGAAAGAAGUUCUACGCAAAUACUUAAUUUUAAGUCAUCUUAGAAGAGACACCAAAAACGACUAUCAAACUUCUGAUCCGAAAUAUAUUAUACCAAAAGGAACAUUAGUAAUAAUACCAGCUGAUGCUUAUCAUCGUGAUCCAGAGAUCUAUCCUGAUCCGGAUAAGUUCGAUCCGGAACGUUUUAGUCCGGAAGAGAUGAAGAAACGACACCCAAUUGCUUGGCUAGGAUUCGGAGAUGGACCUCGAAAUUGUGUUGCAAUGAGAUUUGGGAAGAUGCAAUCUUAUAUAGGAUUAAGUUAUUUAUUGAGGAACUUCAAGUUUCACUACUGUGAGAAAACUCCGAGUCCACUUGAGACUGAUGUUUCAGUUCAUCACUUUACAACCAAGGGUGGAAUUUAUUUGCGUGUGGAACGUAUUUAAUGUGGUUUUAUUGUUGUUUCUCUUUUUUAACGUAAGGUUAAUAUAUUUUGAACAAAUUUGACGAUUUGUCGUCACAUAAUUUUUCAUCCAAAAUAUAAAAUUAAAUUUU